AUGGACAUAAUCCUCUGCGACGAGCUCCUCCAAGAAAUCUUCCACCGCCUCCCUCCUCCGUCGUCAUCCGCCGUCUCCCUCGUCUCCAAACGCUGGCGCCAUCUCCUCCACUCUUCCCUCUCCUCCCUCACCCUCCGUCUCUCACCCAAUCACCCUUCUCUCCCUUCCCUCACUUCCUUCCUUUCUCUCCACACCUACCUGUUCUCCCUCUCCCUUUCCUCUUCCUCCUCCGCUGCUGCAACCACCGCGUUCUCCGACAGCCUCCUCAUCUCCAUCUCCUCAGCUUGCCCUAACCUCACCCAGCUCCGCCUCUCCACCGGCCCUGUCUCCUUGUUUCCCUUGUUUUCUCUCUCCACCUCAUGUCCUCACAUAUCGUCUCUUUCUAUUAUCCUGUCCAGACCUCUCCUCUCCCUUCACUUCCUCUCAUCAUUCCGCUCACUCAAGAACCUUACCUUAAUCCUUUCGGGAAACGGCUCACCUGACUCUAUUUCCGACCACUACACCUCCUCCUCGACUGAAUUGCAGCUGGAAUCCCUCUGCUUAUCAGGAAUUCGGGCCGGAGAUUACGAGCUCAGUUGGUUAUGGAACAAUUGUAGUUACAAAGCCCUAUCGAAGCUCGUUUUCGAGAACUGUGAAGGCGUAGGCGAUAAUCAUUCAUUUGCGAGCUUCAUCCAACGACUGAAGAACCUUCAAGAAGUCGAAUUGAAGACAUGUAGGUCAAUCAUCGCCUUAAUUUUGCUUAAAUUAGCUGAGAAUCGUUGCGAUUCUUUGUCGUCUAUGUUAAUUUACGAUGGAGGUAGCAAAGAAGGUUUGCUCCAUUUCAUCCGCGAAACGAACUGUAAUCUCCAGAAACUCGACCUCCGAUUGCCGCUCGAUUUAGACGACAGUCAUUUAUUCGAAAUCGGUACGAAAUUCACUCAAUUACAUGUUCUUCGAUUGCAAAGUUGUUCUAUGGUCACAGGUGAAGGACUCAAAACCCUAGGGUUAGCUUUGAGUGAUAACCUCGAAGAACUCGCUUUAACAAAUUGCGAUGUGAUCAAGAGACAAAACGGAUUCCUUGUGGAAUUAGCUCAGAAUCUACCAAAAAUCAAGAUACUCGAUCUCUCCUACAACCAUAUGCUUCUCGACAAAGAAUUUGUAUCCAUGAUCAGUUCAUUCAAGGAUCUUCGGAAACUGAAACUAAGGGGUUGCAAUAGGUUAACGAAUGCAUCAUUGAUCUCAUUGUGCAAAAACUGUAAGCAUUUGGAGAGCAUCGAUAUGGUCUACUGCCAUGGAAUCCAGAUGGAAGGUGUUGAGUUCGUGAUCCUGAAUUCUCCAGAACUGAGAAAAGUGCAAGUGGAAGAUCGCAAGUUAUCAGAAAUUGCGAGGAGGUGGAUGAUAAACAAGUUUAUUGAAGUCCAACCUUGA